UAUAACAAGGGGGAGUGAACACUUCAAAAUAAAAAAGGACACCAAAGAACAAGCAGAUCAUUACACAUUCCUCAAACGAAACUGAAGGUUUGUCAGAGCUGCAAGUAAGACGAGUGUUUCUGUCUAAAGAGAAAAUACAUUUCAUCAAGACUUUCUCAGCAACACAACAGAGUCUCUAACACACACUGUGUGUAGACAUGGCUACAGUCAGCUUUCUGCAAUCUGAAGACCAGUUCCUGUGCUCCAUCUGUCUGGAUGUGUUCACUGAUCCAGUCAGUACACCAUGUGGACACAACUUCUGCAAAAACUGUAUCAAUGCACACUGGAAUACUAAUGACCAGUGUCUGUGUCCGAUGUGUAAAAAGGUUUUCAACACAAGACCUGAGCUCCAUGUCAACACUUUCAUCUGUGAGAUGGUUGUUCAGUUCAGAGAGUCAGAGCAACAGAAAACCAGCAGCAGCAGCAGGUCAGAGAAACAAGUUGCCAAACCAGGAGAAGUUCCCUGUGACGUCUGUACUGGAACCAAACUGAAGGCUCUGAAGUCCUGUCUGGUGUGUCUGACCUCCUACUGUGAGACUCACCUGGAGCCUCAUCUCACAAUGUCAGGCCUGAAAAGACAUCAGCUGAUCGACCCUGUGGAGAAUCUGGAAGAAAAGAUGUGUACGAAGCACGAUAAACCUCUGGAGCUGUUCUGUAAGACCGACCAGACAUGUGUCUGCAUGCUCUGCUCUGCUUUAGACCACAAGAUGCAUGAUGUUGUUCCUCUGAAAGAAGGAUAUGAAGGAAAGAAGGCCGAGCUGGGGAAGACAGAGGUUAAUGUUCAGCAGAUGAUCCAGAAGAGACGACUGAAGAUCCAGGAGAUCAAACAGUCAGUCGAUCUCAGUAACAAAGAUGCAGACAGAAAGGUGGCAGAAGGUGUUCAGGUCUUCACUGCGCUUAAGGAGUCUGUUGAGAGAGGCCUGACCAAUCUCAUCAACAUGAUCAAAGAGAAGCAGAAAACAACAGAAAAACAGGCCGAAGCUUUCAUCAAAGAGCUGGAACAGGAAAUCUAUGAGCUGAUGAAAAGAAGCAAGGAGAUGGAAGAGCUUUCACGUACUGAAGACCACCUCCAGCUUCUCCAAAACUUACCAUCAGGGAGAGCUGCUCCACCCAACAAGGACUGGACAAAGGUCAGAGUCCCCCGACCAUCAUAUGAGGGGACUGUGGUGAGAGCUGUGGCUCAGCUGGAGGAGACACUCAGUAAAAAGAUGAAGAAGCUGCUUAUAGCUGAGCUGAAGAGGGUCCAGAAGUAUGCAGUGGAUGUGACUCUCGAUCCUGAUACAGCACAUCCCAACCUCAUCUUGUCUGGUGACAAAAAACAAGUACGUUUUGGUGAUGUGGAGAAGAAUCUCCCAGACAACCCCAAGAGAUUUUCUGUCAAUCCCUGUGUUUUAGGAAAGCAGAGUUUCUCUGCAGGCAGAUUUUACUUUGAGGUUAAAGUUAAAGGAAAGACUGAAUGGGAUUUAGGAGUGGCCAGAGAGUCGAUCAACAGGAAGGGAAACAUCCCACUGGACCCUGAGUUUGGUUACUGGACUAUAUGGUUGAGAGAUAGAAAUGUGUACAAAGCUCUUGAUGCCCCUCGAGUCCGUCUCUCUCUGAAGUCUCAGCCUCAGAAGGUGGGGGUGUUUGUGGAUUAUGAGGAGGGUCUGGUCUCCUUUUAUGAUGUAGAUGCUGCAGCUCUCAUCUACUCCUUUACUGGCUGCUCCUUCACUGAGAAACUCUUCCCGUACUUCUUCCCAGGUCUUAAUUAUGGUGGUAAAACCUCUGCCCCGCUGGUCCUCUCUCCGAAGUAGACUGUUCAUUUUAUUUGUUACAGUUAAGACUCCAGACUCAGAAUAUAAUCCACAAUCAUAUUUAUCAUAAUCUCCUAGAUUACACCUUCUUAAUCUAAAUCCCCUCAUGACAAGGGGUCAAUAUUAAUCAAUAUCUCUGUUUGUAAAAUAUGGGAUUUGGGUAAAUGUGUGUAUAUAAUUGCGAAAACAUUAUCUGUGAACAAGUCUCCACUCUAUCUGCAGCAUCACAGACUGGCAAUCAUGUACAGACCACCCCACACCCUGGGAUUAUAAAACUCCACCCUUCAAGCCUCAAUGGACUUUUCACUUCUAUGUCACUUUAUUCGAUUCAUAUGAUAUGUUUAGUUUAAAAGUUAAUGAUUGUUUUGUAUUUGUUAUGUUAGAUUCCAGAGAUUAUUCCUAUGUUGGGAAUAAAAAGUGUGAAAUUACAUGUUGUGGAUGCAUCAAUGAUGUCAAAUUAAAUUACGACCAAAUGUAUUAUUUGUUGGUAUUAUAUUCAUCUGUAAUAUUUUCUUUGAUAUUCUUUUGUGUAGAAAAAUCAUCCACCAGCCAACAUCCAUCUGUAACCUGUUUGAUUCCAAUAAAUUGUUAAAUGGC